GAUAAUUGCAGCCACACGCGUUUUUCAGCCUCGCCCAAGGCCACUGCAGCGUCCCCGCCCCAUCCUCUGGCCCAGACAACUGAGCCCCGCUGCAGCUUCCCUUCCACCCUCCUCUCUUCCUUCUCCACGUCCUAGUUACCGUGGAGACACACGUCACUGACGUGCCGUGCGUCGCCUUGGAAACAGAGGAGCAUCCGCGGCGCGGCGGGGAGACCCGCCCCGGCCGCUCCAGCCACACUCGCGGGCGCUGCCGUUCUCGCUCAGGGGGAGUCCCGGGUCUGACGCGCUGCAGCCUCAGCCUCGACCCGAGCCCCUCGCGGAGCGCCUCCUGCGACCCGGGUCACCCACCGGCGGGCGCUUUCUGCUCGUGGUGCCAGGAGGGCGGCGCGGACACGGCCGAAGUCCGGGAGGUGGGGCGGGGAAGGGCGCUCUCGCCCCGGGGCGAGCCCGAAGUCCUGUUCCCGAGGCCGGCGCCGGACACUCGCCCCGCCGACUCGCUUCGGCCUCCCCCGAUCCUGCCCGCGCCCUCGGCCCGGACUCGGCUCCUCCCGUCGGCUCCCCGCCCCUCUGGGGAACCUUCUCUUCCCUCGGCUCCUGCCCAACCCUCGGGGACCUGUCCCCCUCCACCCCCGCCCCUCCGCCGCGGAGGCCGGGCUGGACACGACCCAGGGCCGCCCCCGCCCUCUGCGCCCCUCAAUGGAGGACGGGCUGCUGGAGCUGAGGACCAAGGACGGCGGCGACAUGCCGGCGCCCCUGGAGGUGUCCACCGUGCCGGCCGUGGGGAACGUGAUCUCCGGGGAGUACAACGGCGGCAUGAAGGAACUGAUGGAGCACCUGAAGGCCCAGCUGCAGGCCCUGUUCGAGGACGUGAGGGCCAUGCGAGGGGCCCUGGACGAGCAGGCCUCGCACAUCCAGGUGCUCUCGGACGACGUGUGCGCCAACCAGCGGGCCAUCGUCUCCAUGUGCCAGAUUAUGACCACGGCGCCCCGCCAGGGCAGCUUGGGCGUGGUCGGCGGCAAGGGGAGCCUCCCUGGUCCCCCCCAAGAGCCGGAGAUCCCUUCGCCUGGAGUCGGGGACAGCGGCUUGCUGGGUCGCGAUCCCGAGGACGAGGAGGACGACUACGAAGAGGAAAAAGAGAUGCCCAGCCCUGCCACACCCACCAGUCCCCGUGAGCGCUCCGAGAGCCCCUGUGCUGGUCUCCUUGCGGGGGACGGGCCACUUGUGGAGCCCCUCGACCUGCCUGACUUUACCCUGCUGCAGCUGGAGGGCGAGGGCUCCCUGUGAGGGGACUCUGGGGGUUCACUAACUUCCCAGGCUGGUUUGGGGUUUCUGAGCGCGUGACUCGAGGGGACUGCACGGCGCGGUGCAGCGUGCUGCGCUCCGACAGCUGCCCCUGUGCAUCAGGGUAGGAGAGACUCCCUGCAAGAAGCAUUAGUAGGGCGAAGGACUUUGGGAGCAUCAACAAUUCUUUUUGCCCAGUCAAGCGUGUUAGCAAACUGGAGAAAGGUGAGGCUCUGGGAAAGAAAGUGCCCAUCUCUGGACUCCCCUACCAUCCAUCCCCUACCGUGCCCUUUCCCUCUCCCUGGGCAGCAGGAGAACCCCUGAAUUGUGUAAAUAAAACCUGCUUUUUUCUAUUCUGAAAAAAGACUUAUCUAGGACUAUGGCAAAUAAUCUCUAAUGAUUUACCUAAAAUUAAGGAACUGGGGGUAUUCUGUUCUGGCAACAGGAAAUGUACCCUUCUAUUGAAAUCCAGGAUAUUCAGUGUUCUGCAGAAGCCUCUCCCCCUCACAGAUCUCUGUGGCUGCUGAUUGGUAAAGGAAGAUUGAGGAGGGAACUGCAGCCGUAGGAAUCUGGGUGAAUGGGGUUCUGGGGUCCCAGGGCUGGGAGGAGCUGGCUAUGAAUGUGCAUGAAGACAAAAUAGCUCAGUCUCUAGGAUUUUGCAUGCAGAGUGGAUCCUGCCUUGUUGCUGACUUCAUCUGGGAUUGCUUUUCCACUCCCUGGGGCUUAGAGAACAAAGAGCCCGGUCCACAGGCAGAGACGCCUGGGUGCUCUCAGCAGCAGCCCAGAUUUAGGGGACGUUUGAGGGACUCGGGGGCUGCAGCCAAAAACUGUCUCUCCUGGCUACACCUGCUUAACUUCAGUUCCUUUUGCUGUCAAUAUGUCCCCGCCGGCUGCCUCUCGGUGUUGCCUCCAUAACGUCUUGUGCGUGUUAUGUGUGUCCAAUUGUGUAGUAGUGUGUGAGCCCCGAGGGGCAGGGCUUGUGGCUCUGGUGUUGGGUACAGAGGGCCUCAGACUCUUCUGAGAGCCCCAAGCUAUAAUGCCGCUUUCCUCUCUCCUCUCCCUUUUCCUCCUCCCCACCCAGGGCAUGGAGCAUGUGGCUGUCCUGAGGUUCCUUAACUGACGUGCCUCCCUCCUACCUCCUGAAGUGGUGAUUUUGUGUGCUCUUCCCCCUCCUUUGUGUAUUCCUUCUCAAUGCUUUUCUUGGUGUUAACCCUAAUAAAAAGGCAUCAUCUCCCCUC